AUGAACUUGAUUGACAUCCUUUGGAGGCAAGAUAUAGACCUUGGGGCAAGGCGUGAAGUUUUUGAUUUUAGUCAACGACGGAAGGAGUAUGAACUCGAGAAGCAGAAGAAGCUUGAAAAGGAAAGACAAGAGCAGCUCCAAAAAGAGCAGGAGAAAGCCUUGCUGGCUCAGCUGGAGUUAGACGAAGAGACAGGUGAAUUUGUUCCUGUUCAGCGCAUUCAGUCUGAAAAUCCUGAGCCAGCAAUCAGUUUUUCACAGGUAAACUCUUAGCAUGUGUGUGUGACAGAGGCCUUGUCCUUUGAUGACUGCAUGCAGCUCUUGGCAGAAGCGUUCCCGUUUAUAGACGACAAUGAGGCUUCUUCAGCUGCAUUUCAGUCACUGGUUCCUGCUCAGAUUGAUAGCAACCCAGUCUUCAUUUCCUCUGAUCAGACUCAGUCACCUGAAUCACCUGUUCUAGUUCCACUUACUGAUGCGGAGAAUAUGCAGAACAUAGAGCAAGUUUGGGAAGAAUUACUGUCCCUUCCAGAGUUACAGUGUCUUAACAUCGAAAAUGAUAACCUGGCUGAGGUAAGCACAAUCGCAAGCCCUGAAACCAAGCCAGCAGAGAUGCAAAACAGCUAUAAUUACUACAGCUCGUUACCCAUGAUGAGAAAAUAUGUUAACUGCAGUCCAGAUUUCCUGGAUAGUAUUGAGGGCCCCUUUUCCAGCAUUUUGCCAUCAGAAGACACGGGCCAGCUGAGUGUGAACUCUUUAAAUGACACACCCCCUUCAAACUCCGAUUUCUGUGAGGAUUUCUACGCCACCUUUAUUGACACAAAGGUGAACGGUGACACAGCAACAACAAACACUAUCAGUCAAUCACUCGUGGAAAUUCUAAGUGAACCUAUUGAUCUUUCCGAUUUCUCGCUGUGUAAAGCUUUUAACGGCAACCACUCAGGAACCAUACCAGAAUGUAACGAUUCUGACUCUGGUAUCUCGUUAAAUGCAAGUUCUAGCAUAACAUCGCCUGAACACUCUCUCGAAUCAUCUGCCUAUGGGGAUAAGACUUUGGGCUGCAGCGAUUCUGAAAUGGAAGACAUGGAUAGUGCUCCUGGAAGUGUGCUGCAGAGCAAUGCUAGUGCGUACUCUUUGCACUUCCAGGAUCAAGCAUUUUCCUCUGUGGGGCCAAGCACUCAAACACCAAGUUUGAAGUCUACAAACACACCAAAGAAAGAACCCCCGGCUGGUCCAGGCCACCCCAAAGCUCCAUUCACAAAAGAUAAACCUUCGAGCCGCCUUGAGGCUCAUCUCACAAGAGAUGAGCAAAGAGCAAAAGCUCUGCAGAUCCCCUUUCCUGUUGAAAAAAUCAUAAAUCUCCCCGUUGAUGACUUCAACGAAAUGAUGUCUAAGGAGCAGUUCAACGGAGCCCAGCUUGCACUUAUUCGCGAUAUACGCAGGAGAGGCAAGAACAAAGUGGCUGCUCAAAACUGCCGCAAAAGAAAACUGGAAAAUAUAGUGGAACUGGAGCAAGACUUGAGUAACCUAAAAGAUGAGAGAGAGAAAUUGCUUAAGGAGAAAGGAGAGCACGACAAAAGCCUUCGGCAAAUGAAAAAGCAGCUAACCACCUUGUACCUUGAGGUCUUCAGCAUGCUACGCGAUGAAGACGGCAAGUCUUACUCUCCUAGUGAAUAUUCACUGCAGCAAACUAGAGAUGGCAACGUCUUUCUUGUUCCUAAAAGCAGGAAGUCAGAGACUAAACUCUGAAGGGCAUCAGAGCUGGCUACUGUUCUCUGAGUUAUUAUUUUUGUAUUAGAAUCCUGGUAGUUUUUACUGAGGUGGAAUGCAGAAUUAGGUAAUAUUUUUCAAGUAAUUAUAUGCAAUGAUGAUUUCAAAUUUAAUAAUUAGUUUAUGGAAGAUGCAAGUUUAAAACUAAUAGUGUAAUGCAAAUGGAGGUAUGCAAAAUUUGUAAUCUCACUUUUGUAACAGGUAUUUCCUUCUUAUAGCACCACUUUGACUAGUUUCCAUAUACAUGUAAAUAUUUAAAAAUACCGUAUUUAUAUACUGUUCCUAUCACAUUAUAUUCACAGAUUUAUUUGAGAUAUAUAUAUAAAUGAUUUUAGCCUUCUAAAUAUAAUUUCUUGCAA